UUCAACACCACCCACCAAAACAAACAAAUUUCCAAGACCAAACCAACCUUAUCCAUGAUUUCAUUCCAUUUGGUUUUCCUCUGUGUCAAAUUCCAAGCCCUUCUUUCUUUUCCCUAAUGCCUUUCGACAUUGAAAUAGCUUAGCUUCGUUCCCAUACAUAUUAAAAAGUAAGUAUCUUUGACAAUAAUGUCAGCCUCAUCCCUCUUCUCUAUGGCUGUUGCUACAACCACAGCUUCUUCCUCCUCUCUCUGCAACAACCUCUCUUUCCCUCACUCUCCCAUCCCCACUCCCACUCACACACACUUCCCAUCAAAACCCAAACCUCUAAAACCCCUUAACCUCAAAACCCACCUCUACAAUUUCCCUCCUUUACCUCUCAUCUCUCUGCCACACUUUCACCGUGCUGUGGCUUCAUUCGACGACUUAGAAACCGAAAAGGAGAGCCAAAGCACAGAACAACAAGACCCAGAAGCAGAAUUCAGUGAAAAUCAAGAAGAAGAAGAAGAAGAAGAAGAAGAAGAAGAGGAAGAAGAAGGAGAGCAGCAAAAGGUAUUUGGUUCUAAUGAAGAAAGGAGGCUGUACGUGGGGAAUUUGCCAUAUUCUAUGACUUCUGCUCAAUUGGCUGAGAUUUUUGAACAGGCUGGACAUGUGGUUUCUGUCGAGGUUGUAUAUGAUCGAGUUACGGACAGGAGUAGAGGGUUCGCGUUUGUUUCAAUGGGAAGUGCUGAAGAAGCUAAAGAGGCAAUUCGCAUGUUUGAUGGUUCUCAAGUUGGAGGCCGAAUUGUUAAGGUGAACUUCCCAGAAGUGCCAAAGGGAGGUGAAAGGGAAGUAAUGGGGCCGAAGAUGUGGGGCACCAACAGGGGCUAUAUAGACAGCCCUCACAAGAUCUAUGCUGGAAACCUUGGUUGGGGCCUCACUUCCCAGGGUCUAAGAGAUGCUUUUGCAGAUCAGCGAGGCCUAUUGAGUGCCAAAGUCAUUUAUGAGAGAGACACAGGAAGAUCACGUGGUUUUGGGUUUGUCUCUUUUGAAACCACCGAGGAUGCAGAAUCUGCAUUGAGUUCCAUGAACGGAGUGGAGGUUGAAGGGCGGCCUUUACGAUUAAAUAUGGCUGCACAAAGGGCUCAGUCUGCUUCUCCACCGGUGGUGGAAAGAAAUGUGGAGAACAAUCUUGACAGCAGCAAUUUGCUUUCUAGCAUCAGCAGCUGAGGGAAAUAUGUCAAAGAGUGGGUGCUUGGAUAUGCUUUUGGAUAAGUACUGCAAGUAGUGCACCCCUUCUGCUUCCAGAACCUUACUCUUUGUAGUCUCCAAGUCUUCCUCCGUGAACAAAUUUGAGUAUUGAAAUAAAGCAGGUAGAAGGAAAAGCUUGUGGUAGCAGUCCUUUGUGGUGAGAUUAUAAUUCCAGGCUGUACAGUGUUGUAUGAGAAUUUAAACACUGAGUAAACUUCUCCGGCAAAAAGUCAUUCUUCCCCCUUGACCAUAAGGCUCCAAAUUGUAACUAUGGCUGAGUUAUUCGCAAUGUACUAAAGCUGAACUGCCUAAACUGUCCUUCUCAAAAGUAGAAUUAUUGAAUAAUCCAUUGAUGAAUAUAAUUGUAAAAUAGUUUACGACAA